UUCCUGUAGUAACAGCCGCCGCCACCGCCUCCGCCGCCGCCAGGAGCCCGGGCCGGGAGCGAGCGUCAGCCCUGUAGCCGGACGGCUCUGCGCGACCAGCCCUCUGCUCGCGCUAGGUGAACGGACAUGGCGGGCUGGAUCCAGGCCCAACAGCUGCAGGGAGAUGCGCUUCGCCAGAUGCAGGUGCUGUACGGGCAGCACUUCCCCAUCGAGGUCCGGCAUUACUUAGCGCAGUGGAUCGAGAGCCAGCCGUGGGAUGCCAUCGACCUGGACAAUCCCCAGGACCGACCCCAGGCCACCCAGCUCCUGGAGGGCCUGGUGCAGGAGCUGCAGAAGAAGGCAGAGCACCAAGUGGGGGAAGAUGGGUUCUUACUGAAGAUCAAGCUGGGGCACUACGCCACGCAGCUCCAGAACACGUAUGACCGCUGUCCCAUGGAAUUGGUGCGCUGCAUCCGCCAUAUUCUGUACAAUGAACAAAGGCUGGUCCGAGAAGCCAACAAUGGUAGUUCUUCUUCUGGGAUCCUGGUUGAUGCCAUGUCCCAGAAACACCUUCAGAUCAACCAGACACUUGAGGAGCUGCGACUGGUCACACAGGACACAGAGAAUGAGCUGAAGAAGCUGCAGCAGACUCAAGAGUACUUCAUCAUCCAAUAUCAAGAGAGCCUGAGGAUCCAGGCUCAGUUUUCCCAGCUGGCCCAGCUGAACCCCCAGGAGCGUCUGAGCCGGGAGACGGCCCUCCAGCAGAAGCAGGUGUCCCUGGAGGCCUGGCUGCAGCGCGAGGCCCAGACGCUGCAGCAGUACCGCGUGGAGCUGGCCGAGAAGCACCAGAAGACCCUGCAGCUGCUGCGGAAGCAGCAGACCAUCAUUCUGGAUGACGAGCUGAUCCAGUGGAAGCGGCGGCAGCAGCUGGCGGGGAACGGAGGGCCCCCCGAGGGCAGCCUGGACGUGCUGCAAUCCUGGUGUGAGAAGUUGGCGGAGAUCAUCUGGCAGAACCGGCAGCAGAUCCGCAGAGCUGAGCACCUCUGCCAGCAGCUGCCCAUCCCCGGCCCCGUGGAGGAGAUGCUGGCUGAGGUCAACGCCACCAUCACAGACAUCAUCUCAGCCCUGGUGACCAGCACGUUCAUCAUCGAGAAGCAGCCCCCUCAGGUCCUGAAGACUCAGACCAAGUUCGCAGCCACCGUGCGCCUGCUGGUGGGUGGGAAGCUGAACGUGCACAUGAACCCCCCCCAGGUGAAGGCCACCAUCAUCAGUGAGCAGCAGGCCAAGUCGCUGCUCAAGAACGAGAACACCCGCAAUGAGUGCAGCGGAGAGAUCUUGAACAACUGUUGUGUGAUGGAGUAUCACCAGGCCACAGGCACCCUCAGCGCCCACUUCAGGAACAUGUCGCUAAAGAGGAUCAAGCGCGCUGACCGGCGAGGCGCAGAGUCCGUGACGGAGGAGAAGUUCACGGUCCUGUUUGAGUCUCAGUUCAGUGUUGGCAGCAAUGAGCUUGUGUUCCAGGUGAAGACUCUGUCCCUUCCUGUGGUUGUCAUCGUUCACGGCAGCCAGGACCACAAUGCUACUGCCACCGUGCUGUGGGACAAUGCCUUUGCUGAGCCGGGCAGGGUGCCGUUUGCAGUGCCUGACAAAGUCCUGUGGCCACAGCUGUGCGAGGCGCUCAACAUGAAAUUCAAGGCCGAAGUGCAGAGCAACCGGGGCCUGACCAAGGAGAACCUCGUGUUCCUGGCGCAGAAGCUGUUCAACAGCAGUAGCAGCCACCUCGAGGACUACCACGGCAUGUCCGUGUCCUGGUCCCAGUUCAAUAGGGAGAACUUGCCAGGCUGGAACUACACCUUCUGGCAGUGGUUCGAUGGGGUCAUGGAGGUGCUGAAGAAACAUCACAAGCCCCAUUGGAAUGACGGGGCCAUCCUAGGUUUUGUGAAUAAGCAACAGGCCCAUGACCUGCUCAUCAACAAGCCCGACGGGACCUUCUUGUUGCGCUUUAGCGACUCAGAAAUAGGGGGCAUCACCAUUGCCUGGAAGUUUGACUCUCCUGACCGUAACCUGUGGAAUCUGAAGCCGUUUACCACGCGGGAUUUCUCCAUCCGGUCCCUGGCCGACCGGCUGGGGGACCUGAGCUAUCUCAUCUACGUGUUUCCCGACCGGCCCAAGGAUGAGGUCUUCUCCAAGUACUAUACUCCUGUGCUCGCAAAACACUGAGUGGGACUCACUUCUGUGCCCUUGGAGGAAGAGGCUGCAGUGCUGGGGGAGGAGCCAUAAUGCAAACCCACAGAUAAUGCACGACUCCCAUCUUGAUCAGCUGCCCUCACCACUCUCCACCCUCAAACCUACCCUCAAGUUGAGUGUAGGAAGCAAAAUGACAGGUUUUUCCUCUUCAACCUGUCCCCAGUCCAUUGGUUGGGUUGGUUCCUUGGUGUUGAUUCUGUUUCCUUGGCAGGGGUGUGGGUGAGGAGAGAGAGAGCAAACAGGCCAGAAAAGGAAGCAGGAGAAGGGAUGAGACUGAAGCCAGGGCCUGGGUGGUGUUUAUUGGGAGUCUGUGGGAAAUUUCAUCCCUGCUGAGGCCCCAUGGCAAUGUGGGGGGAGGCAGACUGCAUAGGUGGGUUUCCACUCCCCU